AGCUGGGAUGGCAUGCACUGAAAGGGCAGCGUUGAUAGCUGAAACUAGGUGUGCCACAGCGCAGGGUCGGGGCCGUGCGGGGGCACACUGGCCAGCAGCCAGGAGCCCAGCAGCCCCAGGAAGGACGAGCCACGGAGGCCCGGCUGGAAGCCAGGUGGAGCUCAUUGGUGCUGAGAGCGACCCAGAGCACAUGCAACCCCGCCAGGCAGUGUCAAGAGCAGAGGACACCUGUGCCAGAGGUCGAGUACGAUGUCCGGGAGGAGGCCCCCGCGGGUACUCGGACGUAGUACCAGACUUGACUGGGGGCACAUCCACACGACAGUGAAGAAAUCAUUGCACGAUGAGUCAUUUAUCUUCAGCGCAGAUAUCACAAGGAUAGAGCCACAUAUUACUUGGAAUGGGAAAUUCACGUCACAUCAUUUUCCAUCGGGGCUACAAGGCCCGGCGAUCUGGACACAGGCCAAGAAAUCAAGGACUGUUGAAGCUGUAGUCUCCACUCUUCUGCUGACACCAGCGACCACCCAGCCCAGCCGAACCAGAUGGCCUCUUGUUUUCCUGAUGUAUGAGGACUCCUGCUGGUGCCCAAGGAGCGGUGUGAUCCCAAGGGAGCGGGGCGCUGCCCAGCAGUGGCUGGGCUAGGCAGGUGCCGGAGGCCAUGGCCAGCACCGCCGUCCAGCUCCUGGGCUUCCUGCUCAGCUUCCUGGGCAUGGUGGGCACCCUGAUCACGACGCUGCUGCCACAUUGGCGUAGGACGGCACACGUGGGCACCAACAUCCUCACGGCCGUGUCUUACCUGAAGGGCCUCUGGAUGGAAUGCGUGUGGCACAGCACGGGCAUCUACCAGUGCCAGAUCUACCGCUCGCUGCUGGCGCUGCCCCGUGACCUGCAGGCAGCCCGCGCGCUCAUGGUCAUCUCCUGCCUGCUGUCCGGCCUGGCCUGCGCCUCUGCCGUCGUGGGCAUGAAGUGUACCCGCUGCGUCAAGGGCUCGCCGGCCAAGGCCACCUUCGCCGUGCUCGGGGGCGUGCUCUUCCUGCUGGCUGGGCUCCUCUGCAUGGUGGCCGUCUCCUGGGUCACCAACGACGUGGUGCAGAACUUCUACAACCCCCUGCUGCCCAGCGGCAUGAAGUUCGAGAUCGGCCAGGCCCUGUACCUCGGCUUCAUCUCCUCGUCCCUGUCGCUCAUUGGGGGCACGCUCCUGUGCCUGUCCUGCCAGGACGAAGCCCCCUACAGACCCUACCAGGCCCAGGCCAGGGCAGCCGCCACCAGCACUGUGCCCGCUUACCAGCCGCCCAACGCCUACAAGGACAACCGGGCCCCCUCGGUGACCUCGGCUUCCCACAGUGGGUACAGGCUGAACGAUUACGUGUGAGUCCUCCCCUCUGUCCCUCCCCAGGGCAGCUGUCGGGCCCGCUGGGUCCCCUGAGUGACUGCUGACUGCCAGGAGUUCCAGCAUCAAGUUUAAUUCUGGGUUGUUUUUGUACCCAAGGAAAUAACGUGAACAUACACCGGACAGGACACACACACACACGCUUCCAACAUAGGGAAGGAUGGGGAGUUAGGAAGACGUUGAACCUCUGUAUACCAAAGACUUUUUAAAAAAUCUUCGCUGUUUUUGUAUUUAUUAUAUGUAUUUAUGUGGGUGAUUCAAUAAGAAUGUCAUAAAAGGUGAGACUGGGCGUGUUGGUCAGUGGGGUUUGUUUGUGACCCAGGAAUAAACACUUUGGAUGUGGUUGUUUAUGCAAAA